AUGUGCGCAUCUCUUGAUAAAUCAAUUUCUGUCCCAUUUGCUCCUUUUGGCUUAAGUUUUAAUGCACCUUUUGCAACUGAGACUCGUCUUGCAAUUUCUUCAUUUGAAACAGGGCCAGAAAAUGUGAUAAACACCUGUCGUCUUGUAGGUGCAUCGAUAGAUCAAGAAUGCAUAAUGCGCAUGAGAUUUCCUCAAACUAAAGUUAUGUUCAAUCCGCAAGAAUCAAAAAACCUCACAACAAACUUAAUUUCUUCGGGAGACGGAAUUCACUUAUUUUCGCUUAAUCAAGACACGUUAAUGGAAACAAAUCACAUAGAAAUUAAUACAUCUAGUGAUCCAGUCACUUGUUUCGACUGGUCAGCGUAUAAUGAACAAUUAGUUAUUGCAGGUUCCACAGAUGGCACAGCAACACCAAUAAAUAUUGAGACUGGAGCACCAAUAAAUAAAUUUAUUGCUCAUGAUCAUCCAGUUCACGAUAUUUGCUUCUGUGGAGGUCCAUCAACAUUUGUUACAGCAGGUUUUGAUGGAUCAUUAAGACUUCUUGAUCUCAGAGAUCCAACUUCGUCUUACAUAUACUUCCAAACAGCAAUGCCUCUAAUGAGAGUCUCUGUUUAUCCAAUAGAACCAAAUAAGAUUUCUCUCUUCGCCAGAGAAUCAAAAUCAGCAACAGUCGUAGAUACUAGAAGACCAUGCAUACCUUACGCUUUCACAUCUCCUCAUGGUGGACAAGUUACUGGCGUUAUUUGGUCAAGAAUUGGACAGAUCAUUUACACGAGUUCGGCAGAUGGCCAUGUAUUUGAGACAAACUUAGAAACAGCUAAUGCUCUCGAUAUUUAUGAUGCAGAAGCUCCGAUUGAAUCUAUUUCCCUUGGACAAGGCAUUUUGGCUGUUGGAUGCCAAGGAAAAGUUGACAUAUUAUCAUUAAGUUAUAACCAAUAA